CUCCCUCCGGCUCGCUGGCGAGGGGCAGAGCAGCCCCUGCCCCGCCGUUCCCCGCCGGGAAGUUACUUUGUUCGCAGAGUUCCCUUGGAUGCUGCGCUGGGACCCCCGGGCUCCCGGUGCCCCCCGCAUCCCCCCCGCCCUGCUCAGGUGUCACCGGAGCCUUCCCGGCAAGGAAAGGAAGCCCCCCGUGGAAAAUCCGGGUGCGCCUUCCCCGGUAGCUUCCCCUCGCGUAGCCGGGGGAAGGGGUGAUGGAAGAGGAAGAACUUCCCUUUGUCGUAGGAGAGGAUUGAGUGACCUCCAAAGUUUUGUUCCGGGAGGAAACCGCUGGAUAAGUUUGGUGUUUCCAAGGGGGCUGUGCUGCUGAGGUGAGAUGUCCUGGUGCUCUCCCAUGGACGUAGGGAGAUAGCAGACAUGACCCCCUGAGGAGGCCGAGCCCCGCGCCGCAAGCAUGGCCUUCGCGCAGUCGCACAUCAUGGCAGCCCGCAGGCACCAGCACAGCAGGCUCAUCAUCGAGGUGGACGAGUACAGCUCCAACCCCACGCAGGCUUUCACCUUCUACAACAUCAACCAGGGACGUUUCCAGCCCCCACAUGUGCAGAUGGUUGAUCCGGUGCCCCACGACGCUCCCAAACCUCCAGGAUAUACACGAUUUGUCUGUAUUUCUGAUACUCACUCAAGAACUGAUCCCAUCCAAAUGCCAUAUGGAGAUGUGUUAAUACAUGCUGGUGAUUUUACUGAGCUGGGACUUCCUAGUGAAGUAAAAAAAUUCAACGAGUGGCUAGGUAGCCUGCCCUAUGAAUACAAGAUUGUGAUAGCAGGAAAUCAUGAAUUGACCUUUGACCAGGAAUUCAUGGCUGACUUAAUCAAGCAGGACUUUUACUAUUUCCCCUCUGUUUCUAAGCUGAAGCCAGAGAGCUAUGAAAAUGUACAGUCUCUCCUAACAAACUGCAUCUAUCUUCAAGACUCUGAAGUGACGGUGAGGGGAUUCAGAAUAUAUGGCUCCCCUUGGCAACCUUGGUUUUAUGGCUGGGGCUUUAAUCUUCCACGAGGCCAAGCACUAUUAGAGAAAUGGAACCUUAUUCCAGAUGGAAUAGAUAUUCUUAUAACACAUGGACCACCUCUCGGUUUUCUAGACUGGGUUCCUAAGAAAAUGCAACGGGUAGGAUGUGUCGAGCUGCUGAACACGGUCCAGAGACGAAUACAGCCAAGGCUUCAUGUUUUUGGACAUAUCCAUGAAGGUUAUGGUGUCAUGGCUGAUGGAACCACUACCUAUGUGAAUGCAUCUGUGUGCACUGUGAAUUACCAGCCACUUAAUCCACCUAUAGUUAUUGACUUACCUACUCCAAGGAACACAUGAUUAUAACAAGGAUUUAAAGUUGUACCCAACACAUUAGCAACUUUAUAUUGCUGGCUGAGAAUCCCAAUAGGGAACCAUUCAACAAAAACAAACAAAAAAAAAGCAAAAUCCUUCUUUUUUUCCCUGCUAGCUCUUCACAGAUAAAUUUCGAGUAACAAAAGUGGAUGAGGAACAAAGACAUUUUGGUGCCAGAAACAGAUUAAAGACUUAACAUUUCACCAUUAAAAUAUUUGUGAACACAGAAAAGUGAAUGCAUUCCACAUAUAAAUAUAUAUAUAUAUACAUACACAUAUAUAUAUAUCUAGUAGGGGCUUUUGUAUAUACCGUGUAUUGGACUUAUUAAAAGAACAAUGUCUUUCAAAGGAGUGUUUCUUUAAGAAAGUUUGCAGUUUAAACUUCAGUGUUUAGACUAGGAUUCCCUCAUUUCAGAUGUUUCCCAGUGAGCUCUUAGUAAAAGAAAAAUUAUGGUGAAGAUGUUUUCCCUUAAUUAACAUGGCAAAUAUAAAAGAUGCUGCACAAAUGACCAGUCACUGGAGGAAAGCUAUUACUCCAAGUCCUCCAGGUCUAAGUCUUUGCAUCUAUUCAAAACCAAUGCAAUAGAGGCCCUAAUUCACUGUACUGAAAUGGAAGUUUUACUACAUCUGGCAUUACAGAUGGUAAGGGAAAUGGUGCAUAUUGCCAGCAUGCUGUAAACAGCUCAACAUUCAAGAAGGGAGACUGUGUUAAGUGCAGUAUAAACUCAGGAAUUUGUAACCUGUAAAAAAAAAAGGAUGACAUUUCCCUAAAAAAAAAAAAAGGAAAAAAAACAAAGAAGAAAAAUAUAUAACUGUGUUUUCAUAUGGUAAAGAGAUACGUGACUGUAUUUAAAAAAAAAAAGAAAACAAAAAAAGAGAAAAAACACAAAAAGCCCACCCAACGAUCAGUAACGGUGUUUUAAAUAAAACCCACUGGGACUGUGGGUUUAAAACCUGCUGAUGGGACGUGCAGCCAAUGCUGAGAUGACUGGUUUGAGUCUGGCCCUGGUCAGGAGGGGUUAAAUGUCAUUGUGAUCAUUUUGUCCCUGGGGAACAUCGUGGAUGUUCUGGGGGAAGGCGCCAUCCCAGGGUGGGGUUUGGGGAUUCACUUCUGGAGAGCUGUAAGGAGUACACACUGAUGGGCACAGAGCAGAGGGGUUGCUGUUUGCCCACUCAUGGACACUGCUGAGAGAGGCCCAGGACAACCUGAAAGCCACUCGUGGUGCUGUAGGUGCCACCAGGCAGAGCAGGGGACGUGCCACAAGCUGUUUGGGGUGGCCCACAGUGGCACUGCCCGUGCAGCUCUUCUGCAGGCCAGCAGGGGUGUUGAAGCUGCUGGGAUUUCACUCCUGUCCUAGGCAGAAGCUUAAGAAUUGAUUGGAAACCCACCAAAAGAAAGACAUGGAUUUCUGCCUUGGACUAACCAACAUCUCCUUUUGCCUUGAUGGAGGUUGUUCAGCUGCUGUAUU